UAUCAACUCACUCAACAGGCAAGGCAGGAAAAACGAAGAAGGAAUCAAAAUAAACAGAACAAAAGGAUCCUUCGAUCGAUAGGUCAAUAAACUAUCGAUUUUUCGUCAAUUCUGUUUUGUUCGGCCGCAGAGGCAGCUCGACACGACGAAUGUCUGGCGCUGGAGGACGCUUCUUUCAGAAUCCGUUUCAGGACUAUGUGGGAGGUCCGGUGGUGAAAAAUGACGACCACAUCCGGGGGCUCAUCCAGUCCUACGUGAAUCUCAUCGUGGAUAAUACAAAACCGGGUAAGAACAGUGACCACCGGGGUGAUUUGUACGUGGGCGAUGCUGGCAUUGCAUACAUGUUCCUGAGGCUGCACGAAAGCGGACUUUUUGGAGCGGAUGCCCUGCAGUAUGCCAAACAGUACGUAGCAAAUGCCAAAGGUAAAGCCGUGCGCUAUGCCGCCCGUGCUGAAGAGAGGUGCUCGUAUCUCUGCGGAAAUGCAGGGAUUUACGCGGUUUCGGCUGCCAUCUGUCACAAAAUGGGACACAGGCAAGAGAUGGAUGAAGAUCUUAGAAAUUUUGCUUCCGGGAUUACCGUCUGCAAGAAGAUUGACUUCAAUAAGAAUGGAAGUGAUGAACUGCUCUUCGGAAGAGCUGGAUAUUUGAGUGGGAUCUAUUGGCUGCAUCAGACCAUCGAUAAGAAGUUAUUUGCACACGAUACGUUGAAUACUAUUUGCGGGGUCGUUAUCGAGAGUGGAAAGCGUUAUUCUGCUGCUCAUCGUAGUCCCAUACCGUUGAUGUAUCAUUGCUGGGGAGAUGAAUACCUGGGAGCGGCUCACGGAGUUUCUUCCAUCAUGCACAUGCUGUUGGAGUCACCAUUCCAAGGGAAUCCGAAUUGCACCGAGAUGGCUGCAGUUCGUGCCACUAUCAAUAGUUUGUUAUCCUUACAGGAUGCCGAAGGAAACUUUCCCGUUACUCUUCAAGAUUAUUUGCAACGAACACGAGAUGAAACGCUGGUCCACUGGUGUCACGGGGCACCUGGAAUCGUAUAUCUCAUGGCCAAAGCAUACAUUGUCUUCAAGGACCAAAAAUAUCUCCAAUCAUGUGUUCGCUGUGCCGAUCUAGUCUGGCGCAAAGGUUUGCUGCGCAAAGGCCCUGGUAUAUGCCACGGUGUAGCCGGCAGCGGAUACGUCUUCCUUCUCCUCUAUAGACUGACAGCAGACCCCAAAUACCUCCACCGUGCUAUUAAGUUUAUGGAAUUCCUAACGCACGAGGAGUUUAUCCGGUAUGCUCGUAAUCCGGAUCGUCCGUUUAGCCUGUACGAAGGCUAUGCUGGCACUGUUUGCUUCCUGUUGGACUUGCUACGACCGGAGCGUGCCAGUUUCCCCUUUAUGGAUGUGUUCGAUACCAAGUGUUAGGUAAGUGAGUGGCGAAAUUCUUCACAUUGGUCUAGUUUAGAUGUAUUUCACAUUGAAUAAAUUAAUUUAUCGAUUCCUUCGACAAUUAUGCACACAAA